AUGCCUUACCGGCUCCUCAUAAUCAACCCAAACACAUCGACUCAUAUGACAGAUGCCCUGAAACCGAUAGUCAACGGGGUAAACCUAAGGGGUAAUUCGGCUGUCGAAAUCUACAACGGAGGAAAAGUGCUUCCGGACAAGCUCCCGGAGGUUCAAGUUGACUAUUUCACAGCUCCCAGAGAGCCAACCGUCUCGAAAGAAGGGAUCACCCUCGAAGGCAUACCGAGCAUCAAUAACGGCAAACAAUCGAUCCUAUCUGCCCAGCACUGCUUCCCACAUCUCCAGUCGUUGAUAGGGGAAUAUGACGGCUUUCUGGUCGCAUGCUACUCUCCGCAUCCGCUGGUCGGUAUGCUAAGGAGGGCAAUCGAGGAACGCAAUAACGUGAAGCCCACAGCCGCCAUCGAGAGACCGUUCCACAGAAGGCAGUAUGUGACCGGCAUCAUGGAUGCAAGCAUAGAGAUGAGCGCAUAUUUCGUCAAUUGCGCUUCUCAGGAGUCACAACAGCACACUCCAGGCAAAUUUGGAAUCGUCACCACUGCUGAUGAAUGGAAAGAAGAGUUAGACACAGCAGCGAGAGACAUGCUGCUGUCCAACGGGAACGACCCUGAUCUGACGGUAUUCGCAGGCGUUGAAACGACAGGGCUCACGGCCAGUGAACUGCACAGCGCUCCAGCGGACCUGGUCAAGUCCCGUAUCAAGAGUGCAACUGAACGGCUGAAGCACCGCGCUGGGCCUUCACUGCGAGUAAUCAGCAUGGGAUGUGCAGCAAUGGCCGGGAUGGAAAAAGCUGUUCGUGAAGCCUUCGAUACGAGCCAGCCAGUCACUGUUGUAGAUGGAACUGCUGCUGGCGUCGCAGUUCUGCUUGGGCUGUGUAGAGCCAGCUAG